AUGUAUGAAAAUAAUGAUGGGAGAGUUUUUGGGAGACAUCUUGAUAAUUAAGUUGAGAAGGCAUUAAAGGAUGCUAAAACCAAAAGAAAUGGCUAAAAUGAUUAAAUGGGAGGGAAAGAAAAUAUAAUUAAUGAUGCUGUUCGAACACCGGACGGCUAGUCUAAUAAAGGUUGUCCUUAAAAGGUAUUGGAAUAUCAAUAAGAAAUAUAUGAGUUUCUUAAUUAACGUGAAUAAGAGAGCUAUGGAUUUCAACUAUCGAUUAAUGAAAGGAAAAUCAAUGAAACAAUGCGAAAUACAAUAGUAUUUAUAUUUUUUAGGAAAGAUUAGGUUUGCAAUUAAGUAGGCCAAGUUAUACAAUAUGAAAUCAGAAACAUUAUUUCAAACAGUCGAUUUGAUAGAUUAAGCAAUUUAACAUCUAAAUCCAGAGGCCGAAAAAAUGGAGCUCAUUGCUAUAACUUGUUUAUUUAUAGCAACUAAAUAUGAAGAAAUAUACCCACCUCCUUUGGAUGCAUUACUUAGAGGUACAAAACUUAGAGUUAGAGAAGUUAUUGAAAUGGAGAAACUAAUACUUUAUAAAUUAAACUUUAAUGUUACAAGUAAUAAUACAUUAAUUUGGUUGCAAUUAAUAGGAGAACUACUAGGGUGUAAUAAAAGAUUUAUGGAUUUAAUAAAUUAAAGAUCUAUGUAAGUUAUUGAAUGAAAGUAAAAAGGUAUUUGGCAGAACUUAGUUUAAGUAAUGAUCGAUUUUUAAGUAUGAAGAAAUCAACGAUAGCAUUGACGAUUUUUGUGGCAGUGGAAAUGUAACUUGGAUAUCAGAAGACUUAAUUCUAAUGGGAUCGUUUAUCUCAGCAUUUAAAACCUAGUAAGGAUUCUAAGCCAUUAAAAUUAUUUGCUUAUUGUUUAAAAAAAUGA